AUGUCACCUUCCAGUUCUUCGUUGUUGAGAGAUGGACCACAUAGUUCUGAGAGAGACUACGGAUCAAAUGGCUGCACCUCCUGUGGACCGAAGCCCAACAGAUGCCCCUGCCAAAGAGAUUCACUGCAGUCAUGCAAAUCUUUUAGACCUCUCGUGCCCAUAACUGAAAGUAGCGUGUCAUCUCCUUUGAAUAGCGUUAAUCAUAAGAAGCUGAGUCCUAACGAAAUAGAGAUUAGACCGUCUAUUUGGGAUGUAUUACCUUAUUAUCUCCCGUUCUUUUCAUGGCUCCCGAAUUACAAUAUAUCGAAAUGUAUUGGUGAUUUAAUUGCCGGAGUAUCAUUGGCAUCUUUUCAAAUUCCUCUAGCUCUAUCGUUUGCCACUUCUGUAGCUCAUGUAGAGCCAUUAUGUGGGUUAUAUUCGUUAGCAUUUACACCAUUUAUCUAUGCAAUUUUAGGAUCUGUACCCCAGAUGAUCGUUGGUCCUGAAAGUGCUAUUUCAUUAGUUGUAGGCCAGGCUGUGGAAAAGAUGAUUUCACAUAACCCAGAUUUACAUACACUACAACUUUCUGCGGUGAUUACUUUUAUCAGUGGUGGAUUUCUAUUUUUUUUUGGACUCUGCAGAUUGGGAUUUUUGGGCAACGUAUUGAGUAGGGCUCUUUUAAGAGGAUUUAUCAGUUCUGUCGGGUUAGUUAUGAUAAUCAAUUCCAUGAUUUCAGAGUUCAAAUUGGAUAAAAUUUUGAAGGAUUUACCAGUCCAUUACCAUACCCCAUUUGAAAAGAUUCUUUUUUUAGUGACAUAUGCACCCAACAAUUACCAUGGACCUACAACCGCACUUAGCUUAUCUUGUUUCUUUAUCCUAAUAAUGACAAAGAUUAUCAAGAAGAAAUUGAUGCCUAGAUGUAGAUGGAUCGUAUUCGUCCCUGAUAUUCUGCUGCUCAUAAUUGGUACCAUAUUCCUAUCGAUUAAGUAUCGAUUCAAGCACAAUUACAGCAUUAGCACAGUGGGCGAUUUCAAUACAAAGGGAUUAGAUAAACUUUUGAAUCCAUUAUCUGCAGAAAACCGCGGACUUAUACCACAACUAUUGAGCGCCGGCUUUAUUACUGCCAUGUUGGGAUUUUUCGAAUCUACUACAGCUUCUAAAUCGUUAGGUAGUUCCUACGAUUUGGCGAUUUCUUCUAAUCGCGAGUUAGUAGCGUUGGGUAGUAUGAACCUCUUCUCCUCAAUAUUGGGAUCUCUACCAGCUUUUGGUGGAUAUGGAAGAUCUAAGAUAAAUGCCUUUUCUGGAGCGCAGACGGUCAUGUCUGGCGCAUUCAUGGGACUUUUGGUCUUGUUAACUAUUAAAUUCUUGUUGCCAAUGAUUCACUACAUCCCAAUCUGUGUAUUGUCUGUGGUAACGACAAUGGUGGGAAUUAGCUUGCUGGAGGAAGCUCCAGCAGAUUUGAUGUUCCACUUCAGAUGCUUCGGAUAUGAUGAGCUGUUGGUUUUUACUCUAACAGUAUUGACGACUAUGUUCUACUCUGUGGAAGUGGGAAUUUGUAUCGGAUGUGGUUACUCAGUCAUAAGUAUUAUUAAACAUUCCGCAAAGUCAAGAAUUCAAAUCUUGGCAAGAGUACAGGGCACUUCGAGGUUUGUCAAUUCUGAUGACUAUUUGAAACAGACCAACAGGGAACACGCAAAUGAGAAUUUGGAAUUGGAGGAAUUGGAAGGAUGUCUGAUCGUUAAAAUUCCAGAGCCAUUGACCUUCACCAAUACCGAAGAUUUGAAGGAAAGAUUAAAUAGACUGGAAAAAUUUGGUUCUACUAGAGUGCAUCCUGGUGCUAGAGGUCGCCGAUCAAGAAGUAGUACAAGGUACGUUAUUAUUGAUCUCCAUGGUAUGACUCAUAUGGACUCAUCAGCGGCUCAGAUACUUUUAGAGAUUGUAUCGUCCUACAGGAAACGUGAUGUUAGAGUAUUUUUGGCUCGAGUUACUAUUGAUGCAAGAGUAAGAGAGAGGUUAGAGAAAUCGGGUGUUGUAGAUUUGGUGGAAGAUAAUGUUCCGAUGAGUGCUACCAAUGUAAACCAGGAGAUUUAUGCAUCAUCGUAUUUUCUAACAAUUGAAGAUGCCUUGACUGCUAUGGAAGAUCAUGAAUCUGCCAAUUUUUCUUCCGAUUUGGUAGCAGAUAAUUUGAGCCUUGUUUCUCCCAGCCUUACAGAUUCUGGUAUUGUUUGA